AGGAGGAGGGGGAAGGAGCAGCAAGCAGCACCAGCCGACGCCGCAGGAGCCUCGACGGGCGCCAACUCAGCAAGAAACUUCCCUAGGAAGGCGCGGCGACCGUGCUGCUGCUGCUGGUGCUGCUUCGCCUCCUCCCGCCUCGCACACACGCGGCACAUCCACGCACAGGGCAGGCAGGCAAGCCAGCAGGCGGCCGGCCGGCCGGUAGGCAGGCGUCCCUCCCUUGAGCUUCGCUGCCGCAGUCUCUCUUUCCACACACACACACACACACGGAGGCAGGAGGCGCGGGAAGGGUUGUGGGGGGGGGGGAGAGACCCAGGAGGAGGCGCCCCAGCAGCCCUUGGAAGCCUGACAAGGAGAGCCGCCGGGAGCAGUUUAUUGAGGUCGCCCGGGAAGUCUUUCCACGGGGGCCAGCCGCAGACUCUCUCUCUCUUCCUUCCUCCCUCAAAGCCGUUCCCCCUCCGCUUCGCAACCCCCCCGGUCCCUCUUUGGACUGAAUCACAGCCUUUUGGGGAAGGGAAGGGCGGAAGCCAUGGAACUCAGCGCAGGUGGUGUGAUUGCUUACAUCAGCUCUUCAAGUUCAGCAUCAAGCCCUGCUUCAUGCCACAGUGAUGGCUCAGACAACAGCUUCCAGUCCUCCUCAUCACCUGUUCCACCAUCACCAAAUAGUUCCUCUUCAGAGGGCAGCUGUAACAGUAAGAGCCAAGAAAACUCUGAUGGAGUGCUGAAGAGUGGCCAGUCAGAUGAUUGUGUUAAAGCAAACCACUCAAGUGUAACUGGAUUGACCAAAGGUCACAGUGGACUUACUAAAUUUAAUGGCAUGGUCCUGCUGUGUAAAGUUUGUGGAGAUGUUGCUUCAGGAUUCCACUAUGGAGUCCACGCCUGUGAAGGCUGCAAGGGUUUUUUCAGAAGAAGCAUUCAGCAAAAUAUCCAAUACAAAAAGUGCCUGAAGAAUAACAAUUGUUCUAUAAUGAGAAUGAAUAGAAACAGGUGCCAGCAGUGCCGAUUCAAAAAAUGUUUGUCUGUUGGGAUGUCAAGAGAUGCUGUUCGAUUUGGCCGGAUUCCUAAACGGGAGAAGCAGAGGAUGCUGAUUGAAAUGCAAAGUGCCAUGAAAACUAUGAUGAAUACUCAAUUCAAUGACCACUCGCCCAGUGAAGCAUUAAAAGAUAAACAAGAACCACUGCUUCUACUGCCUCAGGAAGAGCUGAACAAAUUGGAACAAGAGCAAGAAAAUACCAAUGGCUCCUCUUCCCUCUCCCUUCUUCCUCCUCCUCCUCCACCACCACCUCCUCCAUCAUCCUCUGACAUUGCUAAGGAAGAAGUGAUUGGUAUGGUGACCAGAGCCCACAAAGAUACCUUUAUGUACAACCAGGAAGAACCAAAAAAUCCUUCCACUGUUGUGCAGCCCCAAAAUGGGGAGAGAAUUCUCAACUACACCAAGCAAUAUAAUUCUCGUGGUGAGCCUGAUAAUGUUGACAUGAGCAGCACCCAUCACGAUGGGAAUGAGCAACAUUUCAAUGGUCAAUAUAAAGGGCGAAUACAAAGUACACAUUAUCCAAAUGGGCAUAACCUUUGCUUCACAAGCAGCAGUUCUAUGAACUUUACUAAUGGCUUCGCCUUUAAAGGUUGCAACAGGAUGCCCGAAAAUGGCUUUCCUCCAAAUGAAUCUAUGAAUACCUAUUCCUGCAGCACUGGAGGCAGAAUGCAUCUGGUUUGUCCAAUGAACAACACACCGUUUGUGGAUCCAAAUAAAUCUGGUCAUGAAGUCUGGGAAGAAUUUUCCAUGAGCUUCACCCCUGCCGUGAAGGAAGUGGUAGAGUUUGCCAAGCGUGUUCCUGGCUUCCGAGACCUUUCUCAGCAUGACCAAGUCAAUCUUCUAAAGGCUGGGGCCUUUGAGGUUUUAAUGGUACGGUUUGCUUCUUUAUUUGAUGCAAAAGAUCGUACUGUCACCUUUCUUAGUGGAAAGAAGUACAGUCUCAAUGAUCUACGUUCAAUGGGAGCUGGUGAUCUGCUUAAUUCCAUGUUUGAGUUUAGUGAGAAGCUAAAUGCCCUGAACCUUAGUGAUGAAGAAAUGAGCUUGUUUACUGCAGUGGUGCUUGUGUCAGCUGAACGAUCAGGAAUAGAAAAUGUCAACUCUGUGGAGGCACUGCAAGAAACGUUAAUUCGUGCACUCAGGACCUUAAUCACAAAAAAUCAUCCAAAUGAAGCCUCUACUUUUACAAAAUUACUUUUAAAACUGCCUGACUUGCGUUCGUUAAAUAACAUGCACUCUGAGGAACUUUUAGCCUUUAAAGUACACCCAUAGGUUUUUACCUCUUAUUUAUAUAAUGGGACUUACUUAAUGUUAAUUAACUGUGUGUAUUUUGUGCUAAGAUGUUUAUUUAUGUUUGUACUUACGUUUUGUGGAGAAGAACUUGCUGCCUGUGUAAUGGGUAAAUGUUUUUUGUCAUGCAAUAAUGGUUCGGGUUCAGCAUUUUUCUGCCAGUGAGAACGUGACCACAGAUUUCUUUAUGAUUGUCCCACACAGCCCCAUUUGCACUAGAGCCGGAGAAGUUAUCUUAAACCAUAUGGAUACUGACUGUUAAGUACUGCACCUCUGCAACAAAAACCAUUAUAUUUCUCUGUUAUAAAAAAAAAUGCACCAUGGCUGUGUGGAAAACAGAUCUUCAGGUAAAUGACACUGUGGUGACUGAAGAGAUUGAAUUAACCUGUCCCCCUUUUGAGCAUCUUUAGAUAAGAAGAACUGCAAUUCUGCUCAUGGCUUCACUAUUCUUAAUUGAAGAAAUUCCGUGGGAUGUCUUCAUGUAUAUCAGUUUGGUAGCACACGUUCAUAUGCUGUGUGUAUAUGUAUAAAAUGAACAGAGAUGUUGGGUGUGGCAUGACUUUCUAAAAUGUAUUGUGUGUGUACAUACUUGUGUGUAUAUAUAAAUAGUUCAGAUAAACAACAUUUAUAGAACUUCUUCACAAUAUUUUCAACUGUGAAGAAGGUAACAUAAAAAGUGACCCAUGACAACAACCAGAGGAUGCAUUUUCUUGUUUAUUCUGAACCAAAUGUCUUGAAGAUUUGGAAUGUUUGGAGAACUCUGGAUUAACAGAAGGUGUUGAAUGUGUUAAUUUAAGCAGUACUACAGCAUCAGUAGUGAAAUAGCAGGCCUGCCAAAUCAAAACAAUUAAGGAAAAAAAGAUACUAGACUAGUAUGAUUUCUUUUUUAAAAGUCUGCACCUAAAACUGUUAUGUGCUAAUAGGCAUUUAAAUGCUCCUGAUCAUUUCGUUUAGACUGAAAGAAAACUGUAGUUCUCUCAGACAAUUUUGGAGAAUUUGACGAUUCCACAUUAAUACCUUCAGUGUAUAUUUAUGUGUGUUUGUGAAUCAUAAUUUACUCUACACCUAUUGCUUUAAUGCUACAUGAAAUUGUGAAACAAAAUUCUGAGACACAGUGAAUGUCUCUUAACAUUUGUUUAAGGGAUGGGAUUGACUCCAAAUGAGUUUUGUUAAAUCUAUACAGCAUUCUUAAAUUCUUUUUCUGUGCACAGGAAAGGUCACUAGUUUGGCUGGUGUCAGUUCUAUUUUUUAUAUAUUUGAUGCUCUUUUGAAAAUACAAGUUAUAAAUUUG